AUGGAAACGGAACCCAGUGAACACAUUGGUGAAGUGUUUCAAGAUGAGCGGAAUAUGGCCGCAAUUUUAAUGCGUCGUCAAUUGGAAAAUGGCGAUCUAUUGAUGGAAGGAAGCAUUGGUCAAGAUGUGGUCAUCAAACCAGUUCCACAUGGAUUAAUAAAUGAUGAAAGUUCAAAUGGUAAGGCACACCACAUCGUCUACAAACGGAAAGUUGACACUGCCGAUCAAUUUAGUGAUUUUGCUUUUAUGGAACCGGACCGUUUAAAAAAACGUUAUCGCAAGAAGCGCUCAGCGACUAAGACGUUUUCUGAAGAGGUUUUAAAGCGAUCAAAGCGCGCCAUACCACAUAUAAUUUAUCCUGAAAUUUUGGUUAUCGUCGAUUAUGAUGGCUAUCGACUACAUGGCGGUGACAAUACACAAAUCAAAAGGUACUUUGUAUCAUUUUGGAAUGGAGUUGAUUUGCGCUAUCGUUUGCUAAAAGGACCCCGAAUUCGUAUCAGUAUCGCUGGGAUCAUCAUAUCACGA